GCCGGAGGUGACUGUGGUAUAUUCUUUUUAGUCAUCUCAAAACAACAUGCUUUUUGGCUUUUUUCCGCUGUUCUUUUUUUGUGAGACCAGAGCUAAAGUCCUGGCUGAAAACUGGCCUACAUACUAUACUUCCCCGGGCAUUUCUAGAACUACAAUGGAAGGAAGGCUAUCUCCUCUGCAGGUGGUGGCCACACCAGACUACCCAGUUGCAGCAGGUCAAACAGUCAACCUGCACUGCAGUGCUUUCGACGUGCCCAACUUCGUCAAUUGGUCCUGGCAACACUUACAAAAUAUGACCUGGCAAGAGGUGAGCGGCAGUAGGGACCUGACGCUCACCGAGCCAAAGCAAAGCGGGCUGUACCGCUGCCGCGCUGAGAGCCGGUCAUCUCAGAGAGUGAGCCAUAACCUCACAGUCUAUAUCAUCGCCAUGCAGCCAACAGUGGGUGAGAAUUUAGGAACAGCUGCCUUUGCCCUUUCUCUCCUGGCCUUGAUCAUCAACCUUACUAUUCUUUGUUGGCUGUGCUGGAAAACACUUGUUGACACACUGACUAACACUGCAGCUACAGGUUUUCCUGAAUCCAAAAAGGCACCAAAGGGAGGUUUGCCACAGACUGAGAACAAUGCAGAUGUGUACAUGAAUUACACAAGCACCAACCGAGCCUACAUGGAUUUGGACCCCACCAAUAUAACUGGGGAUAAUGUUUACUCAAGUCUGUCAUGAACACCCAUGAGAAAGUGGAGUUGUACAAUAAAAAAGAGGAAGAAUGACAACAGCAUUUUAUUCAGCAGCAGGUUAAAGUAUAUUUAAUAUCUGUAUAUAAAGCUCAACAUUAUGUUUAACCGUGACCGACAAGAUUUACCAUAUGCUGUGAUGUUUGUCAGUGUGUGCAUUAUCCCAAAGUGUGUACUUUGUUGGAUUUAAUCAAAUGUUACAAAAGUUAAUUAACACAAUCUGAAUGUGGUAAAAAUAAAUAAAUAACUAAAAAUACACAGAUUUGUAGUUCUAGGUAUGUGAAAAUAUUCCAA